AUGACCGACUUUGGACCCCGCGCCCCUCAUGGGCCGGACAUGACCGGCACUCACAACCCGCUGGAGGACAUGGAUAUCCAUGAGAAGGGUGCCUUCGACCAGCUGAUUCGUCCUGAGGACAGCUACAACCCCGAGGGCGUCUACUGGGCCGAUCUGCCCAUUGCCCAGAAGAUCAAGUUCGUCAGCUCCUACGAUGCGGGCGAGGCCAAGCGUGAGCUCGCCUCUAUCUGGGCCAUGACGAAGAAGGAUCCUCUUUCGCCCGUUUCAUACUACUUCCGCAACAUGGUUCUCCCUGGUGCCGGUCUGGGUCUGGAGGGUUACGUGCUCUUCUCCAUCGGUAACAUCAAGCCUCUGUUCCAGAAGACCUUCCCCACUUGCUGGAAGACCCACGAGAUUUGCGACGAGCAGUGGACGAAUGCCGUGGAUUAUCUCGAGAUUAUCGGUAUCAUCUGCGGUCAGAUCUUGGUCGGUAUCAUCGGUGACUGGAUUGGCCGUCGCUGGGGUUUGAUCCAGGAUGCGACUAUCAUGUUUGUCGGUCUGCUCAUGUUGACCGCCGCCUGGGGUGUGACCCAGAACGGCUGGGUCAUUUGCUAUGCGUGGUCGCUGUUCUUCUACAGUGUUGGUGUUGGUGGCGAGUACCCUAUGACUGCGACCAGUGGUAUGGAGAACGCCAUCGGCUCGGGUAAAAUCUCAACCAAGGAGGACCGCCUCCACCGUGGCCGCAAGGUCACCAGCGCCUUCUUGAUGCAGGGUUGGGGCCAGUUUUUCAACCAGGUUAUUCUGAUUAUACUGCUGCUGUGCUUCCACCACGGCAGCGGCAACGACCCUUACUCGGCGGUGGCCACCCAAUGGACCUACCGUAUCUCCUUCGCCAUCCCCGCCGUGGGUACCCUAUGGCUCGUCUACUACCGUGCCUACCACAUGAAGGCGGCCAGCAAGCAGUUGACCGCGGCUAAGAAGAAGGCCUCCGUCACCGGCUACGAUGUUGACUCCCUGCGCCUUACCUUCAAGUACUUUGGUCCUCGCCUGCUGGCGACUGCUGGUGGCUGGUUCGCCAACGACGUUUUCUUCUACGGAAACAAGCUGUUCCAGAGCGAGUUUAUCUCGGUCAUCAGCCCGGCGACUAGCUCGGUGAUGCCCACCUGGUUGUGGAACCUCGUCAACGUCGGCGUCUCUCUGGUCGGCUACUACAUGGCUUCCUUCUUCAUUGACAACAAGCUCUACGGACGCAAGUGGAUGCAAACCUUUGGCUUCCUGAUGUGCUUCGUUCUGUUCGUCGUCCCGGCUUUCCACUUCAAGUACUACACCUCUGGCGAGCACAUUAAGGCGUUCCAAGCCAUGUACUUCCUGAGCUCGUUCUUCAACCAGUUUGGUCCUAACUGUGUGACUUUCCUGGUCGCGGCCGAGGUCUUCCCGACUCCGAUCCGUGCUACUGCUCACGGUAUCUCUGCUGCGGCCGGUAAGUCCGGUGCCCUUCUGGCCUCUGUCCUGUACAACUACAUCGACACCCAGACGAAGUUCUACGUUGUUCCCUGGUUCGGCCUGGCCGGUGUCGUUUUGACUCUGGCUUUCCUCCCCGACACUACCGGCCUGGAUCUCAAGGAGCAGGAGCGUCGCUGGCAGUUCCUGCGCGAGGGUCGCGAAGAAGACUACCACGGCGCCGCUGUGCACCCUGCCCACCUGUCGUGGUUCGAGCGCUUCGUUCUGCGCAAGUGCCGCUUCUACAAUGCGGAGUUGGACUACCAACAGAAGGUGGAGGAGUACCGCGCCGAGUGGGAGGCCCUCAUGGCCCAGAAAAUCCAAGAGCAAGACAACAAGGAGAACUUCGACACCGACGACUCUCUGCUCGAGGGUCACGUCCACACCUACUUCCACCGCACCAGCCCCAUGUUCAAGGGCCAGGAGAAGCUCGGUGGAAAGCAGGACAACUUCGCUCUGCCCCCGCCUGCCAAGGAUGGUUCAUCUCAAGGAUCAUCCUUAAAUGAAAAGUCGCCUUAG